AUGGAGUUAGAAUCUCUUCAAAAAAUACUCCAUCAGCAUAUUGCACAAAAGAAGUUUCUGCUUUUUCUCGAUGACGUGUGGAGCGAUAAUAAGAAUAUCUGGCAUAAAUUCUGUGCACUACUUAAAGUUGGAGCUCAUGGUAGCAAAAUCAUUGUUACGACUCGAGAUAUGAAGGUUUCAAAAAUGGUUAGCUUGGUGGAACCAAUUUUGCUCCAUGGUUUAGACGAAGUUGCCUUUCGGCAAUUGUUCAACAAAUGCUCAUUUGGCACACUCGACCCUGAAGACUAUCCAGAGUUACAAGACAUUGGUAGAAAUAUUGCUGACAAGUUGAAGGGCUCGCCAUUAGCAGCAAAGACACUCGGUAGUGUUUUGCAAUCAGAUUUGUGCCAGCAACACUGGGACACCAUAAUGAAGAGCGACAUAUGGAAAGUAAAACAAGAUGAAGAUGACAUUAUGCCAGCCCUGCAUUUAAGUUAUAAAUAUCUUAAUGAAAAUUUGAAGCAGUGUUUUGCUUUUUGCCCGUUGUUUCCUAAAGACUAUAAAUUCGAUAAAGCUGAGUUGGUUCGAAUGUGGAUGGCCGAAGGCUUCAUCGAAGAUACAAAUACAAAGAGGAUGGAAGAUGUUGGAAGCGACUAUUUUCUUGAGUUUGUUAACAGAGCUUUCUUUCAAAAAUACAAAUUUGGUGGAUUCGUGAUGCAUGAUCUUAUACAUGAUUUAGCUGAGAUGAUUUCUGCGGAAGAGACAUGUAGUAUUGAAAAUAACAGACAAACAAAGAUGUUUUCCACUAUUCGGCAUCUACGAGUAGAAGGAAAAUUGCCGUUGGAGGUCUCUGGAUACGAUAAGUUGCACACCUUGAUGUUGAGAAAAAAUUCACCUUCCGAUAGUCUCUUUGAAAAACUAAGAAGCAUUCGCAUUCUGAAUGUAAGUCAGUGUGGCUUGCAGGAGUUAUCUGAACAUAUUGGUAAAUUGAUUCACCUCCGUUACCUUGAUAUAUCAUGGAAUUCUGAAAUUAAAAUUUUGCCUGACUCAUUAUGCCACCUUCAUAAUUUGCAAACACUGGAGAUACUAGGGUGUCAUAAACUAGAGUCUAUACCACAAGAAUUGAGUAAGAAGAUGGUCAAUGUGAGACACAUUAAUGCAAAUAACAAGUUUUGGGGGAUGAUAAAGGAUGUACAGAGACUAACUAAUCUUCAAGAAUUGCCAACAUUUAGUGUUCAAGAGGACGAUGGACUCAGGCUUGUACAACUAAAGGAUUUAGCACAGCUUCAUGGAACACUUCAUAUUGAAAAUCUUGAAAAUGUUGUCGAUAGCAAAGAAGUACAGCAUGCUGAGUUAAAGAACAAAGUCCAUCUAACAGAAUUGGUGUUAGAAUGGAAUCAUCAGAAGGAUGCCAAGUUGGAAGAGGAAGUAAUUGAAGGUCUGCAGCCACACGAAUCACUCAAAAUAUUGACAAUUAGUGGGUACAAGGGAGCUAAGUCACCUAGUUGGUUGAUGCCAAAAGUUCUAUCCAAUUUGGAAAAACUUGAAUUAGUAAAUUGCAUGGGAUGGGAUGACGUUCUGCCAUUUAUUGGUCAACGUUUGCAUCUGAUUGAACUUCACAUGGACGGCAUGCCUGCUUUGAAACAACUGAGUCAUGAAUUUGAAGGCAAGUGUUUUCCAAAGUUGAAAGUGCUUAAUUUAUGGAAUUUGCCGGCAUUGGAGGAGUGGUCUUGGACUGAGGGCAAAGAUCUAUUUCCCUGCAUGCGUGAACUUCGUGUUUGGAAAUGUCCCAAACUAAAGAGAUUACCUCCCUUCCCUCCUUCCCUAGAAAUAUUGACAAUAGAAGACUGUCCCGAGCUCAAAUUAAAUAGCAAAACGGAAGAUGACGAGGAAGGUGGCUGCUACCUACCGCCCUCACUCAAGGUAUUAGAAUUGGACAACUGUGGCGAAUAUUCAAAACUUUUGCCUGAAUGCUUGCCUAACCUUCGUUUAGUUACUCGAUUGACCAUAAGGCAUUGCCCACAUAUAACGUCUAUUCCUCCGGUUCAAUUGGUAGAACUGCAAUUCUUGUACAUCUCUAACUGUGAUGAGUUGAGACGGAUGGAGUGCUUAGGACUCCUUAAAUCCCUCGAGCGAUUGCAGAUUGCAGGAUGUCCUAUGCUGGUUCAAUUGGAUGUAGAAGAUGAACAAGCAGCGAGCUUGUUGUCAUCUCUGCGUAAAUUAUGCGUGGACAACACUGCUCUGCUUAAAAUGUCUCCUCUGAGACACUCACUGCCAUUCAUCACGGAACUUGUAAUUGAGUCAUGUUCUGAGGAGGUGAUAUUUGAGGAGGCGAUAUUGGUGCGAAGCCUCACUGCUGUUACAUCUCUAAGAUUCCUUCGUUGUGAUAAGCUACGAUCUCUGCCGGCAGAGCUGCUGCAUUGCCUUCCCUUCCUAAAAACGUUAAUGGUGUCUAACUGUCCACAGCUCCAAUCACUGCCAGAGAUGGGACUUUCUCCCUUUCUCGAAAGACUAGAAAUAUAUAACUGUCCACAGAUUCAAGCGAUGCCAGAGGAUGGGCUUCCCAUGUCACUAGAUGUUUUCAUUUGCUCAGGCGAUGUUCAUCCAAAGCUGAGGGAGCAGUCAGAAAAGUUCUUCGUGGAUAGAUAUAAUAGGAGAGUAAGUACCCUUGAUGCCCGUUAUUUUCAUGCAUAG